GAGAGAGAGCACGCGAAAAAGAAAGAAAAACAAGACAGACAUAUUUAGAGAUAAAUCGGUCAAACCCGGACCGCAAUGAGCGCGUCUGCAGGAACAGGGGUGUUUGUGCUCUCCUUGAUGUCCAUCCCCAUCUGCUAUUUAUUUAAUUCCCUCAUUUACAGCAACAGUGCUGAAGCUUUCUUAUUCGCUGGAUGUACAACAGUCCUCAUCCUGGCCAUUUCAGCCCGUUUUAUGCUCAAGAAGAAGGCCCCAGUUGAUCCAUUUUUCUAUGUGUAUGCAGUGUAUGCAUUCCUCAGUGUGGUAAAUCUGAUCAUCGGGCUGGAGCAGGACAACAUCAUUGAUGGAUUUGUGACAUUUUACCUCAGAGAGGCAGAUCCACAUAUUAAAACAGCUUAUGGGCACAUGAUCUCCUAUUGGGAUGGCUGUGUGCACUAUCUCAUGUAUCUGCUCAUGAUUGCUGCGAUUACUUGGGGGGACAAUUACCGAGCCAUUGGACUCUACUGGGUGGGAUCUUUUCUUAUGCAUGCCAUAGUCUACAUUCUUGGGAAUGUUGUGGGGAAAUAUGGGACGCAUGUUAGUCCUCUCUUCUUCCUCCUCCACAUGCUAUAUAUCUCAGUGUCUGUCUGGGCCUGCUUUCGCAUCUUCAGCCAGCCUGCCGCACGGGACGUUCAGUUUACAAGCAUGCAGGAGGCUGAGGGAAAAAGUUUACGCCAAAGACCUCUAGACCUACUGUUCAUUAUCUACCUCAUCCCUGCUUUUGCUUUCUGUGUCUUCAGAGGCCUGAUUGUCCUGGACUGUUCCAGCAAAUGGUGUCAAGACUACGCACAACAGUAUGAGCCUUACCUGAAAGACCCUUCAGCCUAUUCUAAAGUACAGAUGCUGGUGAGCAUGCUGUACUCCGGGCCGUACUACAUCAUUACUAUCUAUGGGCUGAUGGUCCCAGGAUGUGAGUGGAUGCCAGACCUGACUCGUGUACACUCAGCAGCAUUGGCACAGGCCCAGUUCUCUCAUAUCGGUGCGUCUCUUCACACACGGACGCCGUUCUCUUACAGAGUGCCUGCUGACAGUCAGCCUGUCUUCUUGCUGAUCAAUGUCCUUUAUGCUGUGGUGCCUCAGGCUCUCUGCUACCGCUGCUGUUCCAGGCCUGCCUUCUUCCUCAGACCAACGCCAGAUAAAAAGAUUGAAUGACAGAGAGUGGCAGGGAGAGAGAGAGUGCCAGGGAUAUCAAGGGUGCCUAAAUAAAAGGACUUGCAAAGUACUGCUCUGUGUUAUUAGCAGUUGCUAUUUUUGGAGAGGGAGCUGCCACCUGCUGAGUGGCGGUAUUGGAAACAUGACAAAAUACUCCAGUUUCAAACAGAGUUUUUAGAGUGCAUCUGUGUUGAAAUGUGAACAUAAAGUGUGUUUGUGUGUGCAAUCCACUAGCAAGCCCAGGAAGUCACAAACAAUGUUACAGUACAGAUGCUUUCCUAUUUUAAGACUUGUGUGGGGGGGAUUUAAACCACUUGACAAAACUUAUUGUUCUUAUUUUUUUUGGUAAGUUUUUUGGUUACAAAAACUGCUUUCUUGUUGACAUAUUUUUUCACCAUAUACUGUAUUUUAUCAAUAGGAAUGUAGUCGCUA